ACCCAUAGGCGGCGUUAAUGCCCUGUCUUGACAUUCCUCGCCUCAUCGAUAAAGAUCGGAAUCCAAGAUGGCGGAGUACGAUUUGACAACCAGAAUAGCCCAUUUUCUGGACCGGCAUUUAGUUUUCCCUCUCUUGGAAUUCCUUUCAGUGAAAGAGAUCUACAAUGAGAAGGAACUUCUUCAGGGAAAGCUGGACCUCCUCAGCGACACAAACAUGGUGGACUUCGCCAUGGAUGUCUACAGGAACCUGUACCCGGACAAGGAGAUCCCCCACUCCCUGAGGGAGAAGAGAAGUACAGUGGUGACCCAGCUGAAGCAGCACCAGUCAGAGACAGAACCCAUCGUCAAGAUGUUCGAAGAUCCAGAGACGACGAGGCAGAUGCAGUCCACCAGAGAUGGAAGGAUGCUGUUUGACUACCUAUCAGAAAAACACAAUUUCCGUCAAGAAUACCUGGACACGCUGUACAGAUACGCCAAGUUCCAGUAUGAGUGUGGAAACUACUCUGGAGCUGCGGAGUACCUGUACUUCUUCCGUGUUUUGGUUCCGUCUACAGACAGAAACGCCCUCAGUUCUCUGUGGGGGAAACUGGCCUCUGAGAUCCUGAUGCAGAACUGGGAAGCAGCCAUGGAAGACCUGACUAGACUGAGGGAGACUAUCGACAACAAUUCUGUUAGUUCUCCACUGCAGUCCCUGCAGCAGAGGACCUGGCUCAUCCACUGGUCACUCUUUGUCUUCUUCAACCAUCCCAAAGGACGGGACAACAUCAUCGAGCUCUUUCUCUCCCAGCCACAGUACCUGAAUGCCAUCCAGACAAUGUGCCCACACAUCCUGCGAUACCUCACGACUGCAGUCAUCACCAACAAAGACGUACGAAAGAGACGACAAGUGCUGAAGGACUUGGUGAAAGUCAUUCAACAGGAGUCGUACACGUACAAAGACCCGAUCACAGAAUUUGUGGAGUGUCUCUACGUGAACUUUGACUUUGACAGCGCACAAAGGAAGCUGAGGGAGUGUGAGUCGGUUCUGGUAAACGACUUCUUCCUGGUGGCCUGUCUGGAGGACUUCAUCGAGAACGCUCGACUCUUCAUCUUUGAGACCUUCUGUCGGAUUCAUCAGUGCAUCAGCAUCAGCAUGCUGGCAGACAAGCUCAACAUGACGCCUGAGGAGGCAGAGCGGUGGAUCGUCAACCUCAUCCGAAACGCCCGGCUCGACGCUAAGAUCGACUCCAAACUGGGUCACGUGGUGAUGGGCAACAACGCGGUGUCACCGUACCAGCAGGUGAUCGAGAAGACCAAGAGUCUGUCCUUCCGUUGCCAGAUGUUGGCGAUGAAUAUUGAGAAGAAAGUGUCUUCUCUUACAUUUAAUCCUCAGACUCCAAACUGGGCUGCUCAGGACACGAGCUUCUACUAAAGUCAUCAUUAUCGUCAUGAAGACGUGGCAGCUGGAUCUGUGUGACUGUUACCUAGGCUUUUUAUUGCUUUUUAUUAUUAACUCCUCCUUCGACUGACAUUGAAGUACUGAAUUUUUUUAAAAAAAAGGAAAGUUAUCAAGAAAAGGCUGCUAAGUUAGUGUCUAUAACAAUACUUCACUUUUAUUUCUCAUUAUUUUAUUCUCUAUUAAACACUAUUUCUCUCUGGGUGAGAGGAUGUGAUCUCUGUCUUUUCCUCCUUUUGACCACUUGAUGGCAGUAUUGGAUCUUUUUCUAAGGCGAGAACAUUUCCAGUGUCUUGAGACACGGUAUUUGGGUUGAAUUAAUUGUCGUCAAACCUGUGUAUAAACAUUCGGACCCGACUGCCAUCUGAGUAAACAUUUCCUCCGGUGUUCUUCACGUCCGGUGUAACCAGACUUCAGGACACUGUUGUCACUGUGGUGUUUGUUUUAAACCGGGUUUGGUUAAUAGCCCUCUGACGUCAGCACCCUCUGCUCUUCGGUGUUGGCAGAGGAUGAAACGUCUGUGACGAUGGCGUUCGUCCAAACGCACUUAAAAUAAAAAGUUAUUUUAUACAGGUACGUCUAAAGUGUGGCCCCGGGGCAGAUGACAGGUAAAAAAAAAAAAGAAGCUUUUUAUACAUUUAUAUGUUUUAAGGUUUUUGUUUUUAAAUGGUAACUUUUUAACUAAGGUCAAACUAUUUUGGUAGUUCAUUUGUUUUUAUGUUGUCACUCCUAAGCCGUUAAGUCCUUAACGGCUUAGGAGUGACAUUUUAUUUAUUUAAGUGAUAUUGCGCUUGUGUUAACAUUUAUUUGGAUAUAAUUUGCCAUAUUUUAUCCAAUAUUUACCAAGCCUUAACCUGUCAUUCCAUCUUUCAACACACACACACGCAUUGUAUGUUUGUCAUUUUAUCAUUUGUAUAUUUUAAAAUACACUUUCUCUACCA